ACUAUAGCGCAUGUAGAAGUGUUUAUGUGGAUUUACACUGAAUAAGGGGAGGGUUUGAGCUUUCGUGACGCACCGGCGUAGAAACACUUUGCGAGUGUGUAAUUUGAACGCAUACAGACUUCUUCACUUCGUAUGCAGAUGUCCGUGAAUAUGGCGAUUGUUUGGGGGAAUGUACUCAUACUUGUGUUUGUGCACUUUGUAGUGUCUCAAAGACAUCAGUGUGGCGAACCAACCAAAUAUCCGGACAAGCAGCUGGACAACAAAUAUCUUCACAAAUCAGUGUUCAAUGACGGGGACAAAGUGGCUUAUAGAUGUUCUCUGGGUUAUUCGCAGUCGGAUGGAAGUCGAAUAUCACGCUGUAUAAAAGGACGCUGGACACUGUUGAACAUGAUCUGCCAAAAGACAAAGUGCAAUGCGCUGGGUGACAUAGAGAAUGGGCAAUACAGUCAAGAAGGACGAUCAUUCGGUGAUAAAGCCAUUGCUAUGUGUAAUAAAGGAUAUGUUUUGAGAGGAGAAAGAGUCCGUAUGUGUGUGGAAUAUGGUUGGAAUGGGACAGACCCCAUCUGUGAGGUGUCAAAGAUCAUCUGUUCAGCACCUGACGUGGCAAACAGAUGGAUUAAUCCUGAAGAAAGGACACAGUACACAGUCCAAGACACUGUAACCAUCACCUGCAGUGAGGGAUUUGAUCUGAUUGGCUCGUCAGUGGUCACAUGUGGACCAGAUGGCCAAUGGCUGAACUUGCCUGAGUGUCACCCUAAAGUUCAGUUCUCAAGAGUUUUAGUCCCACUUCCCAUUCUCGAAACAUGUCCCACUCCUGAAUUGGGAAAAAGUGGCACAGUGAAAGAGCUGAAGUCUGUUUACGUGCCGGGAGACCCCUUAUCCAUCACCUGCAAUGAGGGAUUCAUCGGAUCUGGAGAUUUCAUGUGCGACACAAGCGAGAAAUGGAUCCCAAAUGAGCCGAAGUGUCAAAUGAUCAACUGUUCAGCACCUACUGUGGCAAACGGAAGGAUACGUGGACCUAGAGUUCUGUACAAAUACAAAGACAUUGUGGACGUCAGCUGCAGUGAGGGCUUUGAUCUGAUUGGCCCACCACAGGUCACAUGUGGACCAGACGGCCAAUGGCAGGGCUUGCCUGAGUGUCAGCCUAAAAGGAUUUCAGCUACUGGUAAAUGUGGUCCAGCUCCAUCACACCCUAACUUUGAGCUCAGAGACUGGUCCCCCUGGAAUCUGAAAGAGUACCCAUCUGGUUCUCGCAUUCGUUACAAAUGCGGCAUAGGACACCGCAGGGCCAGAGGGAGUGACAGUAUACGCUGUCAAGGUGGCCAGUGGACAAAACUGAAGCUCCAUUGUGAACGGAAAAAAUGCGGAUCUGCUGGAGAGAUUUCCUAUGGCCGCUUUGAGUACACGGGCGUGUCAUUCGGACAUACAGCUAAAGCCAUCUGUCAAGAAGGGUAUGAGCUGAUUGGCCCACAAAUACGGACCUGCCGAGAUGGAGGCUGGGACGGGAGGAACCCUACAUGCGAACCUGUGCACUGUCCUCCACCUCCAGAGGUCAAGGGCGCUGAGAUGUUUGACCCCAUAUAUGACCAUGUUCCCUUCGGUCACGUGGUGUCCUAUCACUGCCGUACUGGCGCUAUGAUUGGUGCGAGAGAUAUAUACUGCACACAGAAGGGCACCUGGAGCGCCCCGCCUCCUGAGUGUACAGACAUUGCCUGUCCUCACCCACAUGUGCCACGAGGAUCAAGAAUGAGGGGAUUAAGGUCUGUCUAUAAAUUCGGGAACACAGUGACAAUUGCCUGCGAUCCUGGUUUAAUACUCAUUGGACGGAGUUUCAUCACCUGUGGCCCAGACGGGGAGUGGAAACCAAAACUUCCAGAAUGUAAGCAUUGGGACAAAAGAUUCAACUGAAAGACACAUACAAUACAGCUGGCUGUCUUAAAGUCAUAAUGAAGCUCUUUUCUAUGAAGAUUGUUUCUGCCAUUGAAUAAAACCAUUUAAAAGAUAAUUGCGACUUUUGUCACAAUCACAAUACUGACUUUUUUCUGACGCAGUUGUGAGUUAUAAAGUCAGAAUUGCAAUAAAUGACUCAGAUUUAGUCAGAAUUGCAAGAUAUAAAGAAUGCAAUUCGGACUUUUUUCUCGCAACUGCAAGUUUGUCUCGCAAUUCUGACUUUAUAACUUGCAAUUAUGAGAAAAAAAGUCAGAGUUCUAAGAUAAAAAGUCACAAUUACCUUUUUUAAUUUUUAUUCAGUGGUGGAAACAAGUUUCCAUACUUGUCUUAUAAUAUUUCAGUAAAAUGUGCAGAACACUAUUUACUAUUUACUCAAGAGUAUUUAUUGUCAUAAAAGAAGUUUUCUGAGUGAGAAUAAAGCACUCUGAUUUUUUUUUUAAUUUCAUGACUGUAUUCUGUUAAUCUACAGCAUUAUGGAUAUUUUUAAAACUUGUUUUUGUUGUCAGAAUUGCAAGAAAAAGUCAGAAUUGUGAGAUAUAAACCCACAAUUACAAGAAAUAAAGUCAGAAUUGAUAUAAACAUGCAGUUGUGAGGAAAAAGUCAAUUACGAGAAAAGUCAGAAUUGCGAGAUAUAAACAUGCAAUUGCAAGAAAGUCAAAGUUGCAAGAUUUGAACUUUGACAUAAAGUCAGAAUUACGAGAUAUAGUCAGAAUGCAAUUCGGACUUUUUUUCUCGCAACUGCAA